AUGCAUAAAAUUAAAUAGACUAAAUAGUGUGCUUAAUGUGAUGCCAUGGACCCACAAUAUUAAUUAGGAAAAUGCGAUCAUCAUCUAUGUUAAAAUUGUUUAAAGUAGAUCUUAAGCAAUACUAUUUAAUCUAAGAAAUCCAAAUUUUAAAUUAAGUGUCCAAUCGAUUCAUGCAAAUAGCAAAUAGAUUUAAAAGAACUCUUAAAAUAUUUAACAUUGCCGAAUACAUGUAAACGCUGUAAUUUAGAACAACCCUAUACAUGCGGACAAUGUAUAGUAAAAGAGAUAGAAGAGAUUGCAAAAAUUAAUUACUAUUCAAAAUUACUAAAAUUUGACACUCUAAUCAAUUUGGAAUCGCAAAAAGAACUUCAUGAAGAAAUCUAAAAACAGGAAUUAAUAUGUCCUGUUUGUAGAGAAUUUAAUUAAAUUCCAAUAAUAGUUUGUUUAUAAGGACACGAAAUUUGCAAGGAUUGCUAUUAUAAUAUUAGAAAUAUAGAAGAUGUGAGAUAGGUGUGUCCAAUUUGUAAAUAAGAAUUAUUGUCAGCUCCUCCAAAUAGUUUGAGAGCAUAAGUGUUAAUAAAGAAUUUAAGUAUAAAAUGCCCAAAUGAUAAUUGCAAAUAGAUAGUUAAGUAUCCAGAUUUUGUUUAGAAUCAUUAUCGAAAGUGUUGUGAAUAACUAGUUGAAUGCCAAGAUUGUCAUGAAAAAGUGGAACAAUUAUUUUAAGACAUUCAUAAAUCAAAUUAUUGCAUGGGAAGUGUAUGUCCAUUUAUUUGCACACGUAAAUUAGGAGAUCAUUAAAAUAAUUUUAUUAUGGAGCAUAUAUAGUCAACAAUGAGAUAGAGCGAUGUUGCGCAUUCAUUUUUAAUUCGAAUGCAAAUAGUUGAAAAAUUCUUGUUUUAAGGGUCAUUUGGCAAUUGUCCUCAGUGUGACUUUUAAUAUGCUUGGCAAGUGGAUGUUAGAGGCAUCUAAUCGACAUUUUGCUUUUUUUGUUUUCGAUUUACAGGAUGA